GGAACUACAAAUUCCAAUCGAUGCAAUUGUAUUUAUUUAGUAAACAUAAUUUAAUAAUAAACUUGAUUUAACUUGACCAUGUCCGAAGACAACAGUCAAGGUAGGGAGUACACAUUGGAGGCCGACUCUGAGUUACGUUUCGAGAUCGAGCAAAAGAAUGCCAAGGUGCUGGUGACGCUUUUGACUGGCUUUGCAGAGCUAUUUGGCACCGAAUUGGUAAAGAAAAAGAAAUAUGAGUUUGGUGUUGGAGCCAAAGUGGCCAUAUUCACCUACCAAGGCUGUGUAAUCCACGUCUCUGGCCAAAUGGACGUAUGCUACAUUUCCAAGGAGACACCAAUGGUCCAAUACAUUAAUUGUCAUGCUGCCCUGGAACAGUUCCGCCUCGAGGCCGAGCAAAGGGACAAACGCGGUCCGAGCGUCCUCAUUGUGGGCCCAAUGGACGUGGGCAAGAGCACGCUAUGCCGCAUCCUGCUCAACUAUGCAGUCCGUGUGGGCCGACGACCCCUUUAUGCUGAUCUUGAUGUGGGUCAAGGUGCCAUUUCCGUAGCGGGCAACGUGGCCACCAUUCUCAUUGAACGGCCGGCGAGCAUUGAGGACGGAUUUGCCAAGACGGCGCCGCUCGUUUAUCAUUUUGGCCACAAGUCUCCCAGUGGGAAUAGUGUUCUCUACAAUGCGGUAGUCUCCAAAAUGGCUGAAGUUACGCUCCAGUCCCUGGAUGCCAAUAAGCGCACGAAAAGUUCGGGCAUCAUUGUGAACACCUGUGGCUGGGUGAAGGGAUCGGGCUAUGAGCAUUUAUUGCACGCGGCACGAGCGUAUCGUGCUCGUGCCAUUUUCGUGCUGGAUCAGGAACGCUUGUACAACGAUCUAUUGCGCGAUGUGCCCGCCAACGUGCAUGUCGUGCUGCUGCCCAAAAGUGGUGGCGUCGUCGAACGCAGCAAGGGAUUGCGCCACGAGUCGCGGGAGCAACGCAUCAAGGAAUACUUCUAUGGCAAUGCCCGUACACCCUUCUAUCCCUUCUCGUUUGAGGUAAAGUUUCAGGAUCUGCGUCUCUACAAAAUUGGUGCUCCACCGCUGCCUGAUUCUUGCAUGCCCAUUGGCAUGAAGGCAGAGGAUAAUAAAAAGAAGGUUGUCGCUGUUACGGCAACACCGGCACUAUUACAUCACAUUCUCACGCUGAGCUUUGCAGAGUCGACGGACGAUGAUGUUAUUGGCACCAACAUUGCUGGAUUCUGUUGUGUUACCGAGGUGGACAUGGAGCGACAGUCUGUCAUGCUGCUUUCCCCACAGCCCCGACCGUUGCCGCCAAAUGCGCUACUCUUGUGGUCGGAAUUACAGUUUAUGGACAAUCAUGCUUAACAUUGGCAUGCUACACAAUAUUAGUUUUAAAUCGAAAUAAUAAAUAAAUAACAAAUACAUAUAUCUAAUUUGUAAA